UCAUCUUAUCCUUAACCUAGAGAAUAGUAAUGGGUGAUCACAUAAAUAAAUCUAUGCAAGAAAAGCCAAUGUUACAAGAUCUUGAAGAGUUGUACCAAGGAAUCCCAGACGAAUCCGUUAACCUCACAUUUAAGGACCUGGCACAGGUGAACACAUCAGAGAAGAAAAAACCCACAACAGCUUCACUGGGCAAACUACCUAGUCUUGAUUUCACCAAAGGCUUGCAAGGUUCUGGUCAACACCAUGAGCACCAUCACGUACAAGACUUUGCCAUUGCACGUUCUUCUCAUGGUGACACACCAUGGGGUCAUUCUGGUCAUUUUAUUAGUCAUGCAAGUGGUGGUGGUGGUGGUGCAGAAAGGCAACAAAGUCCUCAAUGCAUGGCCAGUGGAGAUGGUCAUGUGGGGUAUGGCAUGAGCUUUGAUGGCAUCAGUGUUGCUUCGGGAAGAGGUAGUCGACGACGCAGACCAGGGAUUCCUCACUCUAAGAUUUGUGCAAUUUGCAAUACCUAUAUUUAUAUAUUCCGGACUAGAUGCCUGGUGUGCGGCAGGGUUUAUUGCAGGCAAUGUGUAGAAACGGGAAUGGGGGAGAUGGCAGAAGGAAGAAAGUGUGUUGAGUGCCUUGGAUUGAGAUUCAGCCAAAGGUAUAUAGAAAGAGCAGGGGAGGUAGGGUGCUGUAGUUGGAGGUAUCCAAAGACAUUGAAGCAGGUUGAGCUCAAGUGUGCAGAGAAAGGACCAAGGAGGAGCGGAAGGCAUGGUCAUACUCGCACAAGAUCACCAAGUCCUCAUCAUCAUGCUAUUGCUACCAAUGAACACUCUUUUGUCAUGUCCUCUUCCUUUUCUCCUUUCUCGCCUCAUUACAACCUCCCUUUAUAAAACACUAAUCAUAUAUCCUAUCAGUUCCUCCUUUUGGAUA